AUGGCCCUAGUAGCCUACUCUGACUCUGAAGCCUCGGACGUGGAGCUGGACCCCACCCCAGCUCCCCCUACCGAAAGGACCAAAAAAUCUGAGUCUAGCGGUUUCCAAGUCGACCGCAGCAACCCGCGCAAGAUCCGCGUCGCGCUCCCCGAUAUCAAACCCGAAACCCCUGCCGGUCAGGAUGAAGACGAUGGUCCAGCGCGCAAAAAAAUGCGAUUAGGGGGUGGGGGAGGGCUAUCAGGAUUCAAUUCAUUCCUGCCAGCCCCCAAGCGAACAGCCGAAAAGAAAACGCCCAUGGCAGCAGCGCGCAAGCCAUUUAGCCUCAAGACAGGCGCAGGUCCGGGAUUCGAUCGCACAGCCGAUGCAGAAACAAGGAAUGAACAAGCAUCCAACGAUCUAGCAACGAAUACAGAUGCCGAGGCGAUACCGGCAGCGGGCAGUCUCAACACUCACACACCUGACACAUCGGACGCAAUGAAGAAGCCCGAGGAGGUUAAAUUGCAAGGUAAUCCGAUGAUGUUCAGACCACUAUCAGUGGGACGACCAAAGAAGAAGAAGAGCACCAGGACGGCUCCGCAGCCUACACCUGGCCCGGCAGCGAAACCAGCAGCUCCUCAAGAGUCUGUACAACAACCUUCUGCUCCCGCGGCGCCGAAGCCAAAGGUCAGCUUGUUCUCUCUGUCCUCGGAGGAAACCCUGGCAGACACGGCACCAGGACCCUCGGCGACAUAUACGCCGCUAGUAUACAAUGCCGUGGAUGAGGCACCACAACCCGGUCCAGCUGUACCGGAAUCCACAUACAUCCCUCAAGACUAUCCUCACCCAACCCCCUCCCACACAUCAUCUUUGGAUACAGUUGCCAAUGACCUCAACCUAUCCAAGGCCGAACGGCGCCAACUCUUUGGGCGGAAUGCCAUGCCUUCGCAGUCACAGGUGCGUACCUUCAACACGGAUGAAGAAUACGCCUCGAACCAAAUCCUUGCUCAAGGAGAGCUUGCUGCCACUCAGCACAACCCUGUGCGCGCGAUUGCACCUGGCAAGCACAGCCUCCAACAAUUGGUCAAUGCAGCGAGUUCACAGAAGGAUGCACUCGAGGAGAGCUUUGCAGCUGGCAGGAGGAAUAAAAAGGAAGCUGGAUCCAAGUAUGGAUGGUAG